UUAGCAUCAAGUUCAGAGUGGCAUCACGAACUUUCUGGUCACAGUAAGCCUGCAGCUGUAUGUGGGAUGUAAUGAAAGCAAUAGCCACUCUGACCGAUUCUCCCCUUAAUCUGGACGCGAUGUCUAGUUCGCCGGGAUGUCCACAACUAGGACCGCGUGUGCUCAUUUCUCCACGCCUGCCGUCGGCGGGAAGGAGACAGAACUUGACCAGGGCCUGCGAUUGCAGCCGCAUCACGUACGUGGACAAAACCUGCAAAAGACUGCUGCGGUAAUCUUUAGAGACUGAAUACCGUAAAAUCCGGAGCCAACAAACUUUAAUCCGAAGCGAAUAUCUUUUACCAAGUGACUAGCCAAGCUCUAACCCUGUAGUCGCCACGGGACAGGCCGACAGGGGAGCGACACAGAGGAACAGAUGGCGGGUCUGGCAGUGUGGCGCGGUAGGCUGCCAACGUCGCGAAUCGGGAGUCCCCUACCGCAGUCCGCAGGCAGGCAUCGUGUACCCCUGUGUCCUUGCGCGUCAUCAGUGUCAGUCACCUAACCUUCGCCGGUACUGCACGGCUAGCUGCAUUUGCCACUGCCAAAGCGAGGCUUAAAACAUAAUCGCUUGCAAAAAACCACCGGAGCCGGCCCGCCAUCCGCUCACCAAAGCCGCGCGCCAGAAACCCCUGAGAUUGAACAGAGUUGCCAGCAGCCAUGCCUUCCCUAAGCCACCUCGACCGCGGCCUCCUCCUCCUCCUCCCACUCCUCGUACUCGCCGCGGCCGCCGCGUCGCACGGCGACGACGACGACGACGCGUCGUACGCCGUCUCCGCGUGCCGGUCGCGGCCGUACCUCUGCGGCGGCGUGAACAUCAGCUACCCGUUCUACCUAGCCAGCGACACCGAGGCCGUCCCGGCCCUGGCCGGCGAGUCCUACUGCGGCUACCCGGGCCUCGCCGUCAGCUGCGGCGGCGAGCCCGUGCUGAGGCUCGGAGACGUCAGCUACGCGGUCUUGCGCAUCGACUACGCCAACCAGGUCGUCUCGCUCGCCUACGCGGACGCUGCCGCGGGCGACGACGGCAGAUGCCCCGUGGUGGACCACAACGUGACCAUCCCGCAGGACGCCCCGGCCCGGCUGUCCCUCCUCCACAGCGUCGUCGACUACCUCCUCUUCUUCGUCGGCUGCUCCUUCGGCCCGGGCCCGGGCCCGGAGGCCGCCGUCCCCAGGCCGCCGAAGCCGCGGUCCAUCAAGCCCGUCACCUGCGGAGACGGAGACCUGGGCGGCGCCGGCACGGCCGCGGCCGCCUCCAUGACGUUCGUGCUCCCGCGCAGCGAGGUGCCUCCCGGCGACUGGUCGAGCGCGUGCCGGCAGGUCUUCGAGGCGCCGGUGCUCAGGGACUCCGUCCCGUCCGACGCCCAGGACCCGCUGUGGAGGAGCGGCGGCUACGGCAGCGCCCUCCGCGCGGGGUUCCAGCUGGGCUGGGACCGCAGCUCCGGCCCGUGCGGCCAAUGCGAGCAGUCCAGCGGCGGCAUGUGCGGGUACAGCCGCGGCGGCGAGUUCCUGGGCUGCCUCUGCGCCGACGGCCGCGUGCGCGACGGCGGCUGCAGUACGAUAUCAGCUGACCCCUCCUCCGCUCUGUCUUUGUCCGAGUCAAAAAGGAAAGCAAGAAUUCUUGCUGGUGCCCUGGGUGGUGGUGCUGCUGCGCUGCUUGUUGGUGCUGCCAUAUUUUUGUUCGUCAUCAUGCGCAAGAGGAAGCAGAAGAAGAAAGUGAUCAACUCGUCUUCGAAGCUCCUCAAGUACAGCGGCUCUGGUGGGACCCCGCGUUCGCGGGUUGGUGACAUGGAGUCCGGCAGCAUCGAGGACCCGCCAACGCACCACUUCACCUACGAGGAGCUCGAGGAGGCGACCAACCGCUUCGACGAAAGCAGAGAACUCGGCGAUGGCGGCUUCGGCACCGUCUACAAAGGGUACCUCAGGGACGGGCGCGUGGUGGCGGUGAAGCGGCUGUACAACAACGGGUACCGGCGCGUGGAGCAGUUCCAGAACGAGGCGGCCAUCCUGUCGGGGCUGCGCCACCCCAACCUCGUCAUGUUCUACGGCUGCACGUCCAGCCACAGCCGCGAGCUCCUUCUGGUGUACGAGUUCGUGGCCAACGGCACGGUCGCCGACCACCUGCACGGGCAGCGGGCCCCCGAGCGCGCCCUCUCGUGGCCGCUCCGCCUCAGCGUCGCCGUGGAGUCCGCCGCGGCGCUCACCUACCUGCACGCCAUCGAGCCGCCCGUCGUGCACCGCGACGUCAAGACCACCAACAUCCUCCUGGACGCCGACUACCACGUCAAGGUCGCCGACUUCGGCCUCUCCCGCCUCUUCCCCCUCGACGUCACGCACGUCUCCACCGCUCCGCAGGGCACGCCAGGGUAUGUUGAUCCAGAGUACCACCAGUGCUACCAGCUGACGGACAAGAGCGACGUGUACAGCUUCGGGGUGGUCCUGGUGGAGCUCAUCUCGUCCAAGCCGGCCGUCGACAUCACCCGGCACCGCAGCGAGAUCAACCUGGCCAGCAUGGCCAUCAGCAAGAUCCAGAAGUGCCAGCUGGAGGAGCUCGUCGACCUCGGCCUGGGCUACGACACCGACCCGGCCACCAGGAAGAUGAUGACGAUGGUCGCGGAGCUGGCCUUCCGCUGCCUGCAGCAGAACGGCGAGAUGCGCCCGCCGAUCAAGGAGGUGCUCGAGGUGCUCAGGAACAUCCAGGGCGAGUGUCUGACGUCGGGGAAGGAUGGGGACAAGAGCAAGGACGGGCCCUUCUCUCCCACCACGGUUCACGCUCCGUGGGACAGCAGGUCCACGACGCCCAACACCAGCAGGGACUAGGAUAGUUAGUGCUUGAGGACUGAGACCGGCCGAGGUUUAAUUCGUGUCUGUAUUGCUGCUGUGUGACUGCUAGGCAUGCCAUCUGUUUUCAGGCUUCGUAGUUAGUUCCUGGUGAUGUAAAUAUUUGUUUUGUUGGUGCUGUCAGGACAGAGGGAAUGCACAUACAUGUGUAAGAGUGGCGAAUGGUAUUAUACAUAUAUAUACACGGGUACUUACUGAAUAAAUAGAUAGAUGUCGCUUGUGACUAA